GCGGACGCAUAAUCUGUGGCUCGGCUGGCAUCGCCGGCUUUUUGGUUUAUGGCUUUCUUGUUUUGCUUUGCUUCUGUCUGUCAUUUUGGGAAGUUAUCAGGAGAAAAUACCGGGAAGAGUUAAAUCUAAAAUUUUGCUGAAAAUCCAACUUCCAAAAUGACGAUCGGAAAGAAUAAUAAAAUGCAACAGCAUAUCAACUAUAGAGUUAGGGUAAUACUACAAGAUUCACGAACAUUUAUUGGGACCUUCAAAGCUUUCGAUAAACACAUGAACUUAAUUUUGGGAGACUGUGAAGAAUUCAGAAAAAUUAAGUCCAAAAACAGCAAAACUGCAGAUAGAGAAGAAAAAAGAACAUUAGGAUUUGUAUUACUACGCGGUGAAAAUAUAGUGUCCUUAACUAUUGAAGGCCCGCCGCCGCCAGAAGAGGGUUUGCCUCGGGUGCCCAUACCCGGUGCUAUUGGAGGCCCUGGCGGUGGUCGCGCAGCAGGCCGAGGGGCUGGGCCGGCGGGAGCACCACCUGGCUUACAAGGGCCGGCUAGAGGCGUUGGUGGUCCUUCACAACAACAUAUGGCACCAGGUUCUAGAGGGCAAUUAUCAGCACCUCCCCAAAUGCGCGGAGGACCAAUGAUGGGUGGACCGCCGCCUGGCAUGAUGGGAGCUCCUCCAGGAAUGGGCAGAGGCGGGCCUGGAGGCCGUGGUCCUCCAGGAAUGCGUCGUUAUUAAAUAAGUGCAGUGAUGUGUUGUCUCAUUGAGUGAAAUUAUCACUUCAAGUGACAUUUUAUUGUAUGUGUGUUACUCACUUGUGAUAAAAGCAUUAUACCGUUCAGGAUUCUAGGUGGUUAGUUAAAUCUGUAAGUUAUGCUCCGAAUAGUCAUCAAUUUAUACUAAAAGCAUAACAUCAAUUGUAAUACAUGUUUAUGAAUGUCUGAUUAUAUCAUGAGAGCUGUAACCAACCCUGACUAGUAUGUAUGAGGUAAUGUUCUUCAACAAUUAAAAUAAGUUUUAAGCGAG